AUGACCCCGGGGAGCGCUAGAGGCGGCGAGCGCCCCCCACUCACCGCGAAGUCCAGGCCGUCUUUUCUUCGUGCUCGACCGGACGUCCCAGCGCCGUUUCCUCGUAGACACUGGGGCCGAAAUUACAUCAUCCCAGCUACGCGGUCAGAGAAGCUACGGAGCCCCAUUUACCACCUAACUACCGUUAACAAUACGGGCAUACCUGUCUACGGUGAACGGUCGCUCACUUUGAACCUCGGAUUACGGCUACCUUUCCCUUGGAUAUUCAAGGUAGCAGCAAUCGACCAAGCCACCAUUGGGGCAGACCUUCUACAGCACUUUGGCCUGUUGGUCGGCGUUGCCCGCAAGUCUUUAAUCGACUCUACGACCAAGCUGCACGUCCAAGGCGUUGGUACAUCCCCGCGCAUCACCUUCCCAGCGUCGUCUCUCUCAGCCCUUCAUUCUCCCUUCGCGGUAGUACUCAGCGAGUUCCCAUCUCUAUCGCUGCCUCCGGACUGGACCAAGCCCAUACGUCAUGACGUCGUUCAUUACAUCCAGACGUCGGGUCCACCGGUUCAUUUCAAGCCUCGUCGACUCACCCCAGAGAAAUGGAAAAUCGCUCGUAGUCUGUUCGACCACAUGUUGCAAAUUGGGAUCGCUCGGCCGUCUUCCAGUGAUUGGGCUUCACCACUCCACAUGGUCCCUAAGAAGACCGGGGACUGGCGCCCAUGUGGAGAUUAUCGCGCCUUAAAUCUUGCAACCAAACCUGACGCUACCCCCUACCGAACCUUCCGGACUUCACCAUGA